AUGGCACCGAUGAUGAAGCCAGGAACUCGGCCUGCUUUUCUCCAGGCCUCAUUAGCAGCAGCAGCAGCAGCAGCAGAAGCAGAAGAAGAAGAAGAAGAAGAAGAAGAAGGAAGGGAUGGAGCAGCCAGCUCUUUGCUGCUUUCCAAGCAGAGCACCCUUUCUGGCUGUUAG